ACCUGCACGUUUUGAAUGGAAGCUGCCAAUAACCUUUAGAGAAAAGUAAUUUGCAUGUGUGUGUUUGUGUGUGUAUGAGUCCGUGCGUGUGUACGUUCAGACUGUGCCCGUGUGUGUGUGUGUGUGUUUGCUCUGGCUGCGCUCCGUCUGCGUGCGAGCUUUUAUCACAUAGCUGAGUGUCGGCGUCUGCGCGAGCUCACAGGGCAAGAGUUCAUCAGUCCAGUUCGAAGAAAAAAAUCUUGGACAUUUUCUGGGUUCGAAAAGGAAUUCUUACUUAGUUCAGAGACGAAGCCAGCGUGAUAAAGGGCAAGCCUGUGAAGCCACCGCAUAAUUUCAGCAUUACUCAUGGAUAUCAAAAGUUUACCCGACGGAAUAACGUCAGGACACGUUCUGUGAACUUUUAUUAACUUUCACGAAUACGUUCUAAUCAUAAUCUUUAGGUGUUGGUGUGUGUGAGGGUGUGGGUGUGUGUGUGUGCGCCUGUGUGUGUGUAUGAGAGAGAGACAGGAUGACACUACUAUCGGUUGAUAGCUGACGCCCUAGGAUGUGACAAGAUGGAAAAUUCAGUUAGCCCCGCCCCUGAGUGCAGCCAAGACCCAAACGGGUUCAUCAACCGAGUGUUCAAUGUGUCGCUGGACGUGGAGAAUGAAACCAGUAGCGUGUGUAUCCAGGAAGCCAUGCCAGUCCUGGGGUCAAGCCUGGGGCUUGUGUCAGGGUCCGGCCCAGAGGAGGGACAGGACCCUGGGCAGGGAGAGACCCAGGGUCCCCCUCCCCAGAGCCCCAGCAAGGACCGACCUGAGGUGAGUCGCAGGCCCCGGGCCACGGGGGGCAUCUGGAAGAUCCUGACCCGUCGCAGAGCAACCUCGGAGCUGGAUCGUAGGCCCCACUCCAUGAUCCUACCAGGGGAAGCCUCCAUCCCCAAACUGUCGUUCGCCGACAAGGUCCGCUCCUUCAAGAAGCUCAAGUCGCCUGCUGUGUUCCGGGGCAAGACGGGUAAACUGUCCAGCGCCAAGUUUAGCAGCGUUGCCUUUGCGGAUGAAGAGACUUUCUGCCGCGACCUGGGGGCUCCCCUGCAGCCCAGCAGGGGGACUCUCCGCCACCGCGCCAAGAGACACUCAUACGCUGGACACACAGCUGAUUUUGACUGUUCGUUCGAGGACAUUGACUUGUCGCUUGGCCCAAUUGACCCCCACCCCCAGUCUGCUCCUGCAGUCGGCGAUGUCCCAGUGAGCCAAAAUGGCUGUAAGACCUUAGAGAGGGUUUCCUACACCAAGAGAAGCCCCAACUGUAACAAUUCGGCUGGGGUGGAGGAGGCAAGCUCGAAGGGGGGAAGUCCCAGGGUGCACUUGGGGGGCCGGAGGACCAGGGGCCCAGACGUGUGGAGCUAUCUGAGGAGGAUCUCCAUCUUGGGAAAAGCCAACCCGGCCUACUCAGAAAGGAGCUUUGACUCAGAGCUCCACACCCUGGACAAGACCCUGGACUCAGAAUACGGGUCAGUGGACUUCGAGUCAGUCCGAGACUUCCAGCCCACGGCCAUGCCCAAGCACUCCGACAGCAAGGGCGGCCAUUUUGGGGGCCUGUUCAAGUUCUUCAACAGUGUGGCCGAGACGGCCAGGAAGUGGAGGACGUCGUCCCGCUCCUUCUCUCCUCCAGAGGGGGGGGAGUGCACGCCGCUCGGCUCCCCCCGUACAGCGCAGCGCGCGGGGGACCACGUCCACAGCGUGUCCCUCACCCUCCGCCGGGAGGCACGGCUGGAGCCCCCACCCUCACCCACCCCCACGCCGUCCUCCCCCGUCACGCCUCACCCCCCUCGCACGCCACGCUUAAGCUCCUAUAACGCCGUCGCACCCCCACCUGUGAUUGAUGGACGAUCGCCGUUGGUGGUGCUUAAGGCCUGGAGGGUGUGCCCUGAUUCGCAGAGUGUCAAUGGCCUUCAGGGGGCCAGUAUUGAAAAUACUGACACGUGUACAGAUAGACAUACGGAUAGACCGUCAUCCAGACAGUCAGACAGACAGAGUAACCACAGGUCGACAAUAACAGUAGAAAAUCACAUCCCUCUCCCCAGUUGUGAAAGAGAGGAGGAAGGAGAGAGUCAGACAAGUCGAGACCCCCUGGAGCAUGUCUCUCCAGAGGGAGAGGGAGAAGGAGCAGGAGGGGGGGAAGAGAGAAUCCGAGAAAAACAGAGAGGAGGAAAGGAGGAGAGAGGAGGAGAGGGACACUCAGGAAAUGACCUGGAUUCCAAGGAUGUUGCACCUGCCUGUGAUCAGACACAGGUUCCUAACGGCCAAUCAGAGGAAGUGGAAGGAGAGAGCAUACCCAAUAGAGACCCUUCACCGGAUUGCUUACAGGAAGUAUUCAAAGUAGCUGGUGGUCCGAAAACCACCAACCUACCCCUGGCUCGCUCCAGCUCAGGAAAGAGCCCCGCCCCCCCCAAGCCCCCCUGCCCUCGCUCCCGCCCGCGGCCGGCCUCGGCCCUCCUGGACCUGCGCAGCCCCAUCCCAGAGGGCCGGGUGUUUCCCCAGCAUGCCGAGUGGGGCUCGCUGUGUCGGCGCAGACGCAGGCCCCAUCCCAGCAUGCAUCUCUCCCCAGGGCUGAGGCGGGCGGUCGCUCGGCCCUGCUCGGUCAUAGAAGCCGGCGUUACUAUGGAUACACGGUCCGCGCAGCGGCACAGAGCUCUGUCUCGCCCCCCGGGGGUGUCCCCGUUAGAACCCCCCCUCAGGGUGUCCCUCCAGAGGUGCCGCUCUCUCCCCCUGCCCCCCAGCACCCUCACGGCCCUGGCCCUGCUCCUGCCACAUACAGACAUGGGUGAGUCAUCGUCAGUGCGUUUGCGGACGGGAGACUCUGGUUCCUGCAGGAGGAGACUGUUGAGGCCUGGCUCGGAGCCUCUACAGGUCAACAUAUUGAUAAGCGGAGGUUCGAUUGUCAGCGCUGAGGCGGUAUGGGACCAUGUGACCAUGGCGGACCGCGAGUUGGCGUUUAAGGCCGGAGACGUCAUCAAGGUGCUGGACGCGUCCAACAAGGACUGGUGGUGGGGCCAGAUCGACGAGGAAGAGGGCUGGUUCCCCGCCAGCUUCGUACGGGUGGAAGCCCACCCUCCUCCACCCCAAACAAAACAGGUUUUCUAUAUCAACCCCAUAGCAACUCCACGGUGCCAAAACACCACGUCAAAGCUGUGGGUCAACCAGGAGGAUGGAGGAGUGGAGCCAGCCGAGGGGACCAGUGAGGUUCAGAAUGGCCACCUGGACCCAACCAAUGACUGCCUGUGUCUGGGCUCGCCCUUGCAAAACCGAGACCAGAUGAGGGCCAAUGUCAUCAACGAGAUUAUGAGCACUGAGAGGCACUACAUCAAACACCUGAAGGACAUCUGCGAAGGCUACCUGCGCCAGUGUAGGAAGAGGGUGGACAUGUUCAAUGAUGACCAGCUCAAAGUGAUCUUUGGGAACAUUGAGGACAUCUACCGCUUCCAGAUGGGCUUUGUGAGAGACCUGGAGAAACAGUACAACACAGAGGAUCCCCACCUCUCUGAGAUAGGACCCUGCUUCCUAGAACACCAAGACGGCUUCUGGAUCUACUCGGAGUACUGCAACAACCACCUGGACGCCUGCAUGGAGCUGAGCAAGCUGAUGAGAGACGGCAGGUACCAGCACUUCUUCGAGGCGUGCCGUCUCCUCCAGCAGAUGAUCGACAUCGCCAUCGACGGCUUCCUGCUCACGCCCGUCCAGAAGAUCUGCAAGUACCCUCUGCAGCUGGCCGAGCUGCUCAAAUACACAGCACAAGAGCACAGUGACUAUCGCUAUGUGGCGGCAGCUCUGGCGGUGAUGCGGAACGUCACUCAGCAGAUCAAUGAGAGGAAGAGGAGGCUGGAGAACAUAGACAAGAUUGCCCAAUGGCAGGCCUCUGUUCUGGACUGGGAGGGUGAGGACAUCCUAGACCGGAGCUCCGAGCUGAUCUAUACCGGGGAGAUGUCAUGGAUCUACCAGCCGUAUGGACGCAGCCAGCAGAGAGUCUUCUUCCUCUUCGACCACCAGCUGGUCCUCUGCAAGAAGGACCUGAUUCGCCGGGAUAUCCUGUACUAUAAGGGCCGCAUCGACAUGGACCGCUACGAAGUGAGGGACGCCACAGACGGGCGUGACGACGACUUCAACGUGAGCGUGAAGAACGCCUUUAAGCUGUGCAACAAGGACAGCGAGGAGAUCCACAUCUUUCUGGCUAAGAAGCUGGAGGAGAAGAUCCGCUGGCUCAGGGCCUUCCACGAGGAGAGAAAGAUGGUGCAGGAGGACGAGAAAAUCGGUUUUGAGAUCUCUGAGUACCAGAAGCGUCAGGCAGCUCUGACGGUCAGAAAGGUGACCAAACAGAAAGGUGUAAACAGGAGCGCACCCCCCUCAUACCCGCCCCCCCAGGACCCCCUGGGCCCCGGCCAGUAUGAGGUACCGGAGGACUUGGCACAAGCAGAGGCUUUUGAAUUCAGUCAAUCCAAAAGAGGCCAGGGUCCAUUCUGGCAGAAUUUUAGUAGAUUAGCACCAUUUAAGAAAUAGAGCCUCACAGACUCUCCAGAAGAACUGGCUCUUUUUUUCCUUCCUAGAAGCACUAAAAUGUCGAACAGAUUACGUUCCGUCAAAAAAAGAAGAAGAAAUGAAAUAGACUUUAAAGGAAUGGAAGUAACGGCCAAUAUUGUCAUGGGUGAUUUGAUUUGACUGAUGCCCCAAGGACUGAAGACUUGGAUUAUAAUUCUCUCUUACCUGUAUGUUAAUGUUCUUAGUUACCAUGCUACUUCUGGUGAGACCACCGUCACCUAGCUCCACCCCUGGAAACGGCACCGAACAACCAACCAAGCAGUCUGAAUGUCCUGUCGGCAUUGCUUGUUUUUUUUUCUUAUCAUUAUCAAGUAAAUGUUUACCACUGUUUUUCCCUUGCCAGAGCUGACUUCUCCAAGUUGGAUAGUGCAUGUAGAUGAAAGCUGUUGAGUUGAAGGGUAGGUGAGUGUUGGCCAUGUGUGUGAGUGUGUCUUGAGCAAGACUUGACGUCUGACAGGCUUGUUCUGUAGCUUAUAUCAAGCCCUUGCUGUCAGAAUCACCAUUGUUUCAUCAAAGUCCAAACUUUUUACAUGAACACUGUGUCUUUCUCUUUCUUUCGCUAACCAUCCUCUCUCUGUUCUUCCCCCAAUCCUUUCUUUCUCUCACCUCCCUAGUCCUUUGGUCUCCCUCCCUUUUCUCUCCUAAGCAUAGCCCUCUCUGCCCUCCAGCCCACUCUACUUUAGUGUUCUCUGUCUUCUCCCUCCCUCCCUCUCUCCAUCCCCCCAUCCCUCCCUCUAACUCUUUUGCCUGUCUCAGUGUGUGUGCUUUUCUUUCUUUCGCAUGAGGAGCGUCAUUCACUUGGAAGUCUGCCAUUGGUUGUGAUAUGACGGGUCAGGGAGCCAAUCAAUAAUGGGCACCGUCAAAUAGAACAUUCACAUCAUUGGCAUCCACAUAGCAGACAGGAUUUUACAGGGUAUUCACAUUCACUUGAGGGCCUCUGCGUGUUCCACUGUAGAGGAACUCUCGAGUCAGUAAAAACAUGUAUUUGAUAUACCUCCCCCUUUUACCUGAGAACUACCCUUUUCCCCAGGGCUUAUUUCUCAUUGGCUGUUUAAACAGAGAGCAGCCUAUGGGGAGUUUCGGACGUGCUCGGAUUUUAGUCAUGCUAUAAGCAUAAUCAUCAUAUUCAUGUGAUGGAUAUUUACAGGAAAAUACCAAAAAGCACAGCCCACAAGUCAACCUUCUGAUGAGUGUUGCACAUUAAUUUUUAAAGCAUGCGAGAGGCAGGAUCCUGCACCAACAUGACUGUGAUAUUAGGCUUCCAUGAAGAGUAGAUGGUAUCUGCUAAGCAUACCACAGAGACCAGGUGAAUCCAUGUCACAACAUGUCAGAGAGUAGCAACAUACCAAAACAUGUCCUCUCCCUCACCCCAACCCAGAUUCCCUUUUUUUUAGCAGGUAUCAAGAGUUUCUUUUAUUAUUUUGACGGAAACCCAACGGAAUUCUAACUGUGCAUGGGUCUUUGUGUAAAUUAUUAUUGAUUAUUUUUCAGAGUACUCUGAAAAUCUUAAAGAGAUCAGUCAGGAAUAGGGGAGUAUGAUGGCGGAGCCCCGCUAGAAUGAGGUGUCCGUCCCAGUGGUGGAGAAAGCACCAUCAUAUCUGCAGGUGUCUACACACACAUACUGUACAUUGAUGCGGGGUGUAUUCUUUCCACAGUUGAAAUGUCCAUCUUGUUCAUCUAUUUAAAAAUAAUCAUUGUUUGACCGACAGAUACAGAAGUAUUUUGUAAUGAUAUCACCAUCAUUGUUAUCAUCAUUUGAUCGAUCUACAGUAUGACAACUUUGUGCGAUGUGAUAUAUCAUUAUAUAUUUACAGUACUCACUACAGAGUGAUAUAUAAAACAAAUAUAUAGUUCUAUGUCAUAUUUGUUUGCCUUCUUAUAGGCACUAUUUUAUUGGAAAAAAAGAACAGAUUUUUUUUUCUUUGUAAUGGUGUGUAAUUUAUGUUGUUUUAUUUCAAGUAAAGACCAGUUGAAACACA